CGUGAAGGCAAUGCGCCUCUGGCGGCCAGCUGCGCAAACAAUCCUUGCGGAAAUAAUUAUCACGAUUUAUGUUAUUCGUAAAUGUGAGAAGAAUCAUUAAUGAGAGUAUGCCAAGUAGCGGCGAUUAGAGUGAUAAACGGGUCCUGUAGUGUUCCCGGUUACACUUCGAGUGAGUGAAAGUCGUGCUCGGUACGGGACGUCUUCAUCCCGAAAAUAACAAUGGCCGGAGGAUUCGAAUAUGCAUGGAUUUUUAAAAUGCCAAGCUUGCUACCCUGGCAACCUACACACAUUUUCCUGACCCUUUUUUAUUACAUGUGUCAAUUAGCAUCGAAUGGACUUGGCAGAAACUAUGAAAAAUAUUGUUGCCAAAGGUAUGCAAACCGAAAUGGGACCACCAGGCGGAGGAUCAGGUUAUCCUGGAACACCAAGUAGUGCUGGUUAUGUUACUGAGAAAAUGUAUAUGUUAUUACAAGCCUAUCUUCAGAACAAAGGUUGGAAUCCAAGCAUUGAAUUGCUGCAAUGCUUUUCUGAAUUUAAAGAUGCAUCUAUGAUUCCAAGUGCUGCCUAUUUGCAGAUGAUGGCAUCAAGAAUUGCUCUGGAUUCUCAGGGAAGACUAGUUCUUAGGGAAAAUGGAAAAAUAAUAUUGCCAUAUGAACAUUUUGCAAAUGCUGUGAUGUUAAAGCAUAUGAAUGGUCCACAUGGUCUACAUUUAGGCUUAGAAGGAACAGUUAGAGCUGUUAUGGAAUCAUAUACUAUUGGACGAGAAUGUUUUGGUAUGGAAAAAGAAUUUAUAAUAGAAGUGGUACAAAACUGUCCAAAUCCUGCUUGUCGUUAUUACAAAAAUCAACUUGAAUUAACUCAAAAAAUGGGACAUAUGGCACCAACUUAUAUUCAGGAAAAUGAAACAACAGCUUCUCUUUUACGUAGUAGUUUUCCUCAUAAUACAGAUUUUCAAGCAACAUUAAGUACUGCUAAUCCAAAUACUCAUAUGGGAGGGUCAACAGCAGAUUUGACUGAAAUGAGAAGUGCUGGAAACCAAAUAAAUCUUCAACGUCCUCCAAGCCGUCCAUCAUUAAAUAUUCCACAUCGACCUGUGUCACAAGAAAAAAAAACUACUGGCAAGCAACAUUAUGAAUCUUUAAUACCUAAUAUUCCAAUAUCUGAUCAUAAAUUAACAGACUUUUUAAGAACGAAUUUGGAUAAUUUGGACAAUCUCAGUGGACUUGGUUUGGGAAAUUUACAAGGAAUAGGAAAUGCAAAUAAAGAUUUAUUAGCUUUACAUAAUGGAGCUUGGCCAUUAGAAAAUGAGAAAGGAUCUCGGGCAUCUUCAAAUUCAGAAGGAGGACAAGAAAAAAUUGUAAGAGCUUUUGCAGAAGUUAUGAAGAAUAUGGCAAGAAUGAAAGCUUGUGUACGUCCUGCAAUGUGCAAACCAUAUGGAAAACAAUCAGAAGCUUUACAAAAAACAUUGGUGGAUACAAUACAGCUUGUACAGUCAUUAAGAAGUUUUCUGCCACCUCCACAUAUUCCUGUUUCAAGCUGGAAAAAUGAAGAUAAACAUCGAUUAGAUCAUACGGGUACUCCUUAUCUCCCAUCAUUGUAAGUAUCUCUUAUGGUUUACAUUUUAAGUAUAUACCCUCGUUACAUGACUAGAGAUAUCAAAUAAAGAGUUAUAAUUUUUAUGCAGAAAGACUGGAGGUUUAGAGGAGUUAUGCGAACAACGCAAGCUAGACUAAACAUAUGUCUUCGCUUUUUAAGCGGCAGACUAAGUUUUGUCUUUGCUCUCUAUGAUGUUCUAGUCAUGUGGUGUUUAUGGGUUAGAUGGGUGUUUUGUAUUUAAACAACCCGAAGGAUUGCUCAAAUGUUGUUGGCGUUUAGGACUU